AUAGAAAAUAAAAAUACUACUAUAUUAUAUUCCUUGCAAAAUACGUGAAAUACACCGUUUAUAAUGUUUUUAAAAUCAUAAGAAUGACCAAAAUUCCGAUAUGAAACAUGAUAGGUUUUAGUUGUCAUGCGCAGUGACCCUCUUCAGGAGGUCAGGAUACGGAAGUGGCACUGCGGAGUUUCGUGAAAUAACAAUAAAAGACAAAAUAUUUCACACAGAGAGAUGUCGUCUUCAGAAACGGAGACGUCUUCGGUCGCCGAAGUCUUCUCUUCUCCAGCUAGCGGUAACCACUGGGAUCCGUGCUUCAGCAAAGACUGGGAGAAAGAGAGACCCACACAACAGUGUAUCCUCAGAAUAAAAAGGGACAUCAUGAGUAUCUACAAGGAACCUCCACCAGGGAUGUUUGUUGUACCUGACUCAGAAGAUGUCACAAAGAUCCAUGCACUGAUCACUGGCCCCUUUGACACCCCCUAUGAGGGUGGUUUCUUCCAUUUCCUCAUUCGGUUUCCGCCAGACUACCCCAUCCGACCCCCCAGGGUCAAGCUGAUGACAACAGACGGGGAGCAAGUACGCUUCAACCCCAACCUCUACAAGAACGGGAAAGUCUGUCUCAGUAUUCUAGGCACAUGGACUGGCCCAGCCUGGAGCCCUGCCCAGUCUCUUUCCAGUGUUCUCAUCUCCAUCCAGUCUCUGAUGAACGAGAAACCUUACCACAAUGAACCUGGCUUUGAACAGGAGAGAAAUGUGGGUGAUGCCCAGAGGUACAACGAGUGCAUCAGACAUGAAACCAUCAGAGUCGCCGUGUGUGGGAUGACAGAGGGACGAUGCUGUCAUCUCCCCGAUCAGCUCAGAGGUGUGAUGGAGAAGUCAUUCCCAGAGUUUUACGACUACUACACAUCCACCUGUAGGGACAGACUUCAUCUGGAUGGCUCCAACAUGCAGGAUCCUUUUGGAGAGAAGAGAGGAAUGUUCCAGUACUCCCAACUCCUAGAAAGACUGGAGGUCAUCAGGAGAAGAAUAGGAGAAGGGUCAGAAGACAUGACCUCUGACCUGGACAGUGACAACAGUGACCUGGACUCUCAGGAUGUGUCUGAAGCUCAGGAAAACCAGAAUCUCAGUCCAGGCACGAGCAGUAGUGGAUAGAUUGUUAUCAUAGCACAGAGAAAUAUCAUAUGUUAUAAAACAUUUAGUUUAUCCCUAUUUAAAGUGUUGAGACUUUGUACAAGAAGAGUAUGAAAUACUAUACAUGUAUGUCUGAGUAAGUACUUGCAUGAUUCAGAAAAACACACAUUGUACAAAUGUACUUUGUUUUGAAAUGGAUUGGUCUCUUACCAGUUUCAUUUCAUCAAUGUUUUUUUCUAAGUGAUCCCCUUUUGCCAAGCAUUCAAUAGUCUGUUACAUACAAUGUAAUAGGAUCAUAAGGAGUUUACUUAAUUUUUUGCAACAAUCAAUAUAACAGUCAUUAACAGCUGGGCAAACGUCUAGAACUACUCCAAAUACUUUGCAAAGUGACUACAUGUAUCUAAAAACCAGUUAGCUUUCAGUCAAAUGUAUAUCAUGUAUAUGUGAGUUUCAAAAGUGACUUACCUCAAGCUAGCGACUCAAACCAUGCAAGAAGUAGUAGUACAAUGUAGAAUACAGAUACAGACAAGAAAUGCUGCCAAGAUCUGACAUUUAGAAUUUUUACCUAUUACUUAUAUAUUUAACAUAUUGGUGGGAUCUGAUACUGGAACUCAAUGAUCAGCUCAACCAGCUCAAAUCUAAACCAUUAAGUGAAGCACCAAUUCAUGUUAAGUUUCAUACUGAUUUGGACUUUGUUACACACUACUUUUCAUGGUAUAGAUGCUUUGCACUUCAGUACAGAUGCUUACAUCAUAGGUCAUAGAAUGGACAAAAUCUUACUUGAAUUCUGGCCAUCAUUGCAAACCAAUGAUUAUGAUAUUGAGGUUUUGCACAUGUUGUACAUUCAAAUGUCAUUGCAUUACACUAAAUGUGAGGAAAAGGUUUUGAAGUUGAUCAGUUUAAUUUACAUGCAAUUUUUCACUGGUCAUACAACUUAGACACUCUAGUAUGUACAUUGUUUUGUGAGACAAUGUCUACAAUGCAACAUAUGUACAAUGUAUAUGUUAGCUCAAUAUUCCAGUGAAAUUUGCUUCAAUAUAUGAAAGUCAACUGAAUAGGAGCAUCCUCUCUAGACCUUAUAGUUUAAAAUUGCACUUUGGAUAUGUGCAUAAUAUCAAUACAACAAUAAGUAGAUUUGAUUUCAAUGAGGGAACUGAUAAGGUUAAUAAUCAUGUUUAGCAAUGAAGAAAUAAAAUUUCUGAUUUUGUUCCAUUUAGGCUUGAAACUGCUAUAGACUUAUGCAAGCAGUUGCCCAGAUGUUAUAAAAAUGUAUUUAUCAAUUUAUUUAUUGCCAGUAUAACCAGUACAUGUACUUAUACAUAGAAGGUAUGAUGUUUGCCUAUACAAAUUCCCCCCCCCCCCCAGUUCCAGUUCCCCCCCCCCCCCAAAAAGAGGCAAUGGUGUGUGAUUAGGUUGAUACGGUGUUGUUGGUUUGAUGCAAAGUGAAUAUAUAGAACAACAUGAAAAGUGCUUGAGAACUAGGUUCAUAUGUUGGUGCACAGAUUUGUUUUCAGAUUAGAAUGUACCUUUCUUUCUUGCAAACUUCUGCUUUAUUAAAUUUUCUCUAGGCACCUUGUUUCAUUGUCAAAUGUCCAGGAAGUUAAAUAAUAUGAUAAAACUUAUAACAUGUUGUUUUUAUGUCACAAGAUACAUGAUCUUGAAACUUAAUGUUGCUAGAGGGUCUUUCAAGUGUUAUGAUGUAAAAGAUCACUUUUGGGUUUAUGUACAUGUAAUCUAAUGAGGACCUCAUUUUUUGUCAAAAAUUGUUUUUAGUUGGUGCCUAAAAGCAAAGUUCCAGAAAACAAGCAGAUUUGUUUGGCCUAAUGUUGGAUCUGGCAAUGAUACUUAUAUAAAGGAUGAUGACAUUCAAUGUGAAAGCAAGAGGUGUUAGCAUGUAAAUGUGUCAUUUCUCCAAUUGCGAGUCCUUCUAAAGUUUAAUAAAGUUUUAAGAGCAA